AUGACUAGUUCAGAGAGAAUCGAGCUUUCGAUUGAUCCGGGUACUUGGAAUCCUAUGGAUGAAGACAUGGUCUCUGCGGAUCCCAUUAAAUUUCAUUCGAGGGAGGAACCUUAUAAAAAUCGUAUUGACUCCGCUCAAAAAACGACAGGAUUGACUGACGCUGUUCAAACAGGUACAGGUCAACUAAAUGGUAUUCCGGUAGCCCUUGGGAUUUCAAGCGAGGAAGCUAUAGAAACCGCAAAACAGUUAGCUCUUCUAGAAGGCUUGAUGGUUGGUAUAUCAUCUGGAGCAGCUGCUGCUGCUGCAAUCAGGGUCGCAAAGAGACCUGAGAAUGCUGGGAAACUCAUAGCUGUUGUUUUCCCGAGCUUUGGAGAGCGGUAUCUAUCAACGCCUCUGUUCCAGUCGAUCCGAGAAGAAGUCGAGAAAAUGCAGCCUGAGCUAUGA